CAAGUAGGUCAUUCAUCCCCAAUUGAAAUGUUGAGGGGGAAUUAUUGAGGCCAAAAGGCAUGAGGAGAAACUCAUAUGGCUAUUGACAAUCCUAAACGCCUUCUCGUGUGAGUUUUCAAGGGAGACCCUUAUCUGGUGAAAACUAGAGCGCAAAUCAUUUUUAGAAUUGAUUGAGGAUGCCGACAUUAUGUGGUUCAGGGACCCAUUUCCUCGGUUUCAUCUUGAUGCAGAUUUCCAAAUAGCCUGUGAUCAUUUCACAGGUCGCUUCGAUGAUGUAGAGAACAGACCGAAUGGAGGGUUCAACUUUGUAAAGUCUAAUAAUAGGUCAAUAGAGUUCUACAAAUUCUGGUACUCUUCACGAGAAACCUAUCCUGGAUAUCAUGAUCAAGAUGUUCUUAACUUUAUCAAGGUUCAUCCUUUCAUUACUGAUAUUGGACUGAAGAUGAGAUUUUUGGAUACAGCUAAUUUUGGUGGGCUUUGUGAACCAAGUAGGGAUUUCAACCAGGUCUGUACGAUGCAUGCAAAUUGUUGCUUUGGAAUGAACAGCAAGCUUCACGAUCUUGGAAUAAUGCUUCAGGAUUGGAAACAUUAUUUGUCCUUGCCUCCAAGUUUGAAGAAGUUGUCGGUUCUUUCCUGGAGAGUUCCCCAGAACUGCAGCCUUGAUUCUCUCAGGCACCAUGGUUCACCAGAGAAAAGUGCUCAAGAUUAAGGUUUUUAUUGCAUGUCACAUUUCUCUCACAUAAAUGUGGAAGUUCAACGACGUCUAGGAUGAAAGGUUAGAUAUAGGUUUGAAUAGGAAAACCAAUUUUUCUAAACCAACAUUUGCAGAAAGAAUCUUCCCCCAACAAAAGUACACUUAGGCAAUAUGAAAGAUGUAAUAUGCUGAACAAUUUAUUGAUUUGAACUGUUUACUAAAAAAAAUAUUUUUUGUAAGAUUA